AUGACUAGGAAGCAACGAGACACCGAGGAAGUCGAUCUACGACUUUCCAAGAAGCAAAAAACCACUCCAACAAACGCUUCUCCGAAACAGAAUUCAAAAGCAUCUGCCACUUUUGACGCAUCAUUCGUGAAAAAGACGGAGGAAUUCUUGUCUCAAAGUGGAACGAUCCGUGAAGAUACCGAUGUGCUUUUAUCUUUUGGAGCCCUCUAUUCAGUACCCUUCCAACACGGCGUGCUCAAAUCUGUCUUUGGUCAACAAUUUUUGAGCACUGACUUUGAAAUCACACAAGUCAAACCUCUCGUCAAACUGCGCGAGAGCCUACACUCUUUAGCUCCCGUCAUAUCCAAGCUCAUGAAUGUAGAGCUAGGAACAACGAUCGAUAUAUCUGGACACAAGUAUCCACCGAUGGGCUUUUUGGCGUGUCAUGAUGAUGAUAUUGGAACAGACAAAACGCAUCGUCGUGUUGCAUUCAUAGUGUAUUUAGUAGAUAAGGACUGGAAUGAAGGAGAUGGUGGUCGUCUGAAUCUCUUUGAUGCGGACGACAACAGUCAACCAAGCAAAAUAAUCAAAUCCAUAAUUCCUCAAUGGAAUACUAUUGCCUUCUUUAAGGUAUCGCCAACGUCAUAUCAUGAAGUAGAAGAGGUCUUGGGAAGGCGUGAUCGUGUCUCUGUCAGCGGUUGGUUCCAUGGCCCUCCAUCAGAAGACACCGAAGCCGACAAAGAAGCCAAGGACGAAACCAUGAGCACCACCAGCGCCGACGAAGAAAAAUCAUAUCCAGACAUGUUCUCCAGCUUCGACUGGUGGCUACUAAUCAAUCCCGCAUAUCAACAACAAUUAUCCUGUGAAGCACUCAUCUCAACCUUUCUCGACGAAUCAUCAAUCACGCUACAAAAUUUUUUGGAACUUGAUAUUGCCAAUACCAUCGCUCGCCAACUUGUAAAGUGUCCGUUUGAGCAGGUUGGACCGCCGAAUCGACGCCGUUAUAGUAUUUGUGAGAGUAAUAGUCAGCCUGCCAGUAACGAUGGGUCCGUCUCUGUAAAACGAAUCCAUGAUUGGCUAGUCAGUCCUGACUUUAUCAAAUAUCUGGCAACCAUGACUAGUCUAGAUCUGAGUACCACAACGCCACCUAGCAGUGAAUGCCGUAAAUUCAAACCGGGAGAUUACACAUUAUUGGUAGAUGACCAACCGGAAUCUGCAGGAUUGGAUCUAGUCUUGUCGUUUGAAUAUGAUUUGAAUGACCAGAUUAUACCGGAUCUGGAAAAGCGGGGUGAUGAUAUGGCAGAAGAUGAUGAAGAUGAGGAAUCACCAUUGAAUAUGAGCGGCAAGUUGAAUUAUGUUGAUGGUGAUGAGACGUUGGCGUCAGUCUCUUUGAAGCAUAAUACCUUGUUUAUGGCAUAUCGUGUAGCAGGUACAUCUCGAUUCGUGAGGAGGAUAUCACAGCUUGCUAAAAGUUAUAGAAUUGAAUUCUCACUUGUGUAUCCUGUCGAUGAUAACGACUCUGCUUCAGAAUAA